CGCGUGUAAACAAGUUUGUAAGCCAGUAAACUGCUGCUUUUGCGAAUGAAACGAGCAACUUCAUCGAAAAAAAUAGCUGAAAUUCUCCAUAGCUGUUUCUGUUUUUUAUAAAAUAAAAUUCUGUUUUCAGAGAACAGAAGUGUCGGUUUUAGGCUACGAGAGAAACCGGGAGCCUCCUCUCCCUUCACUCUAUAUAUUGGAGGCGUGUUCAACACAAUGCGGCUCAGUCACUGUGCUAGUUAGCGGUAACACACUUGUGAAACACCUGGCUGCUCACAACAGCCCCUCAGUCUUUUCACUAAGAUGUUCAGGUGGGUUGUGAUCUCCUGGGCUCUCUUGGCCCUGGUUGGUGCAGAUGAGUGUCCAGAUGGAGGCCGAUGUGAAGAUGGUCAAACCUGCUGCAAUCACCUGGCCAAUGGAUAUGACUGCUGCCCAUUUGAUCAGGCUGAGUGCUGUGAGGAUCACAUCCACUGCUGUCCUGCUGACACAGUCUGUGAAACAGCCACAUCCAGCUGUGUGAACGCCACUGUGUCCAUCCCCUGGGUGGAAAGAGCCUCAGCUGAUCAACCCAGGCUCUCCAAAUCCUUCAGGAUGAUCAAGUCUUACAUGGGGGAUGACGACGACAACAUCUGUCCCGAUCUGUCACAGUGUCCAGCUGAGUUUUCCUGCCUAAAGGCUUUGACAAGGUUUGGCUGCUGCCCACUAGCUCAGGGUGUCUCCUGCUCUGAUGGAAAACACUGCUGUCCUGAGGGUCAUCAGUGCAGCGCUGACAGCCGCUCCUGCGUCAAAAAAGACAUUGUGACUACAGUUAUUUGCAAGGACGGAGUGUCAGAGUGUCCAGAUGAAACCACCUGCUGUGAAACUCCAGAAGGCACAUGGGCAUGCUGCCCAAUGCCAGAGGCUGUGUGCUGCAGUGAUAAGAUACACUGCUGCCCUGAAGGAACCACAUGUGAUGUCGAACACUCCAAAUGUAAUUCCUUAUCUACCAAUAAAGUGCUGCCGAUGUGGGCCAAGCUGCCCGCCAGGAUGAGAGCAGACUGGGAGAACCUGAAAGUGGUUGAACAAGUGACUGCUGGAACAGUCAAUGACGUUGGAGCAGAAAAAGUCCCUGAAGUCACCACAGCCAAUACGGUUCCUCCUUCUGAAGAGGAAGUGUCUACAUCAUCUGUUACUAAGGCAGCUGCAGGUGAGAUCACAAGUAAUGACGUCCCCUGCAAUCAGACAGCAGCUUGUCCUGAUGGCAGUACCUGCUGCAAAACCAAAGAAGGAGACUGGGCCUGUUGUCCUCUGCCAGAGGCUGUUUGCUGUGAAGACUUUGUGCACUGCUGUCCAAAAGGUAAGAAAUGUAACCUGGUAGCGCAGACCUGCGACGAUGACACUUGCUCCGUGCCGUGGGCUGAGAAAGUACCCACAAUCCCCCGGCAGGACGUACAGGUAAAGGAUGUCCCCUGUGAUGACACCGUCAGUUGUCCUGAUGGCUUUACCUGCUGUAAAACCAAAGAAGGAGGCUGGGCCUGUUGCCCUCUGCCAGAGGCUGUUUGCUGUGAAGACUUCGUGCACUGUUGUCCUAAAGGUAAGAAAUGUAACCUGGCAGCGCAGAUCUGCGACGAUGGCACCCACUCCGUGCCGUGGGCUGAGAAAGUACCCACAAUCCCCCGGCAGGACGUACAGGUGAAGGAUGUCCCCUGUGACGACACCGUCAGUUGUCCUGAUGGCAGUACCUGCUGUAAAACUAAAGAAGAAAAAUGGGCCUGUUGUCCUCUGCCUCAGGCGGUUUGUUGCGACGACCAUCAGCACUGCUGCCCUGCUGGCACCACCUGCGAUACAACCACCCUCACCUGUCAGGGCCCGUCAGGCUCAGUUCCCAUGAAGCAGAAGAUGCCUGCGUUUUCCACUGCAGCACCAACUACAGCGAGCCAAGCCCAGGUGACCGAGCAGGAGGAUGAAAAGAAGGAGCCCAAGGAGGAGAAUAAAGAAAUAGAAGGCAAGAUCCAGUGCGACUCUAGAACCAGCUGCCCUCAGUCGUCCACCUGCUGCUUCAUGGCUGCCUCUCAGCGGUGGGGCUGCUGCCCACUGCCUCAGGCAGUGUGUUGUGCUGAUGGGAGCCACUGCUGUCCUCAAUACUACAAGUGCAAGGAACAAACGACCUCGUGCGUCAAGGGAGAAGUGGAGAUCCCGUGGUACACCAAGCUUCCAGCCGUCACCAGCGACCAGUCUGAUCUCAGCUCUGUGCAGUGCGACGGCGGGAGCCAGUGUCCUGAACACACCACCUGCUGCAAGCUGGCCACGGCCGAGUGGGGCUGCUGCCCACUGGAAAAUGCUGUUUGCUGCUCAGAUAAGAAGCACUGCUGCCCGCAGGACUUCACCUGCAACGAGGCCUCCAACUCCUGCCAGAGGCUCAUCACUCUGGAAGUGGAGAUGGUCCCUCUGACUCCGGUUUAUCUGCCCGAACAGCCUCUGCCCAGUCCUUUAACGCACGGAGACAUCCCAUGUGACAAGAAGACCAGGUGCAAAGAUGGACAAACCUGCUGCAGGAUGUCCCCCACCACCUGGGGCUGCUGUCCAUCUCCUAACGCGGUUUGCUGCAGCGACAUGAGGCACUGCUGUCCCACUGGCUCCUUCUGCACCGAGGAAGGCUCCUGCAUCCAGGACCCCCUCCUCCGCUGGUCCAACUGGCACGUGUCCCUCGCCAACAAGAAGAGAGCGCUAUUGCUGUGAAAACAUCCCCCUGCACUGUCAUUUGUUUCUGCCUGCAGCUCACUAAUGGAAGAAAACAUAAAGGGAUUUAAAGGGUGAUUUUUAAAUGCUUCUGUCUGUGUGUAGCUAAAUGGUAAAUGUUGACGGAGACACUAUGAAACUGAAAAGGAAAUGUUCUGUGGUCUUGGAGUGGCAAAUUUCUAAAUGUGGGUUUAAAAACUGCACAGGUUCUUGUUAUUUCAAGCGCAAACAGUUUGUUACUUGAAACUCUACUCCAACUGCAGAGAACACAACUGAGACACUCCACAGGGAAAAUGAUUUUAUUCACUGUCACUUCCUGUUCUGCCGCUGCCUUGUUUUGAAAAGUGCACUUAUUUAUAAUCAGUUUGGGGCUAAAUUUGAUAUACAUUGUUUUAUUGUUUUUAAUAUGGCAUGUUGAAUGAACAGUUGAGUCUGUUUUUAAACUGUUACAUUCAUGAAACCAACUCCUUUGGUGACAUACUCUAAUGGAUAAUUACUCAUUUAUCAUCUUCCUGGAAUUGUGGGAUUUUUUGCAUUUUGUAAUAAUGUGUAUUAAUUUAAGGAAAUGGGACACAAAGAAUAAAAAAUCAUGCUUGGUGCAGCUUCACCUCUGCAGAAGUCAGAGAGAUCUCUACAUUUUCCAUAAAACCAAUAAACAAAUGACAACAAUAAAA